CUAUUCGGUGCAUUUGCCAUUUAACCAUCUACGAGACUUCGAGGCCUCAGCAACGAACCGUCUGGCUGCAGUUUGUUGUCCGUUUGUGUGUGUGUUUGUUUAGGAAAGGUUUGUUUUGUGUUUUGUCCCUGACGAAACACAAUCACUGAGGUUCGCUUUGGAGAUUAGUUUUCGUCCUCAUUUUUCACGGGUGGUUGUUUUAGGUUUGGGAUUUUCCCCCUCCCAUAGUAUUUUUUCCCAUAAAAUUACUUUAAAAUGAUUUAUUCUAACCAUAAUGUCGCCAUUUCUUGGAGGUUACCUUACAUGUCUAGGAGUAAACACCAGAGGAAUGUGUCUAGCACCCCCAUUGUGUGUCUGGCACGAGGCUCCGUCCACAAGGGAGUUUGAUGCUAUGGAUUUCCAACGUUGCAUCUAAAAGUUCAUCUGUUGAGCUUUGAUAUAUCCAUCCGGUGGUUCACACAAUCUCAGUUUUUAAAUAAAAGCUUUCAUCCUGAUCGUUUUAUGGUUAAAAUUCACAUCAUCUCGUCUCAUCAUGAAGUAUUGUGCCGGUUUACACCUAUUUCAAUAGUUAGGUCUAGCGGGGAAAAAAGGGAGGAGCAGAUUCAGUUGAGUUCAGGGAUCGUAGUACUAUAUAUUUCCCACUCUGAGGUUUGAAUUUCUGAGGUUGUAUCUUGUCUAUAGACAGUUUGAUUAUAGUGAAGUUUGCAUAAUUGUACGUGGGUUGCAUUGAUAGAUUUAUUUUCGGUAUACUGGUCACACGACUUAAUUACAACGGUCAUCGACGACAACUGCAAAAUGCCGUACGAAGGCCAAGUCCAGAUCCCGCGGCCAAAAUGGUGGACUCCCCGAAUCCGUUACGUCGUGACGGUCCUGGGAAUGGUGGGAUGCAGCGUCGACUAUCUGGUGAGAUACGGUCUGAGCGUCGCUAUCGUAGCCAUGGUGAACAACACGAACGCCAACGCUACCAUGACUGCGGAAGAGUCCUGUCCCGCGGCCAUUGUGCAAGACCUGAAUAAUGACACCGACACCUCGACUUCCGAAGAACAGUUCAACUGGAGCGGAUACGAACAAAGCGUCAUCCUCGGAACGUUUUUCUGGGGCUACUUUAUGACCAAAAGCUCAGGAGGACGCAUCAGCGAAUUAUUCGGAGCGCGGGAAGUCAUGGCCGUCAGCCUGUUCAGCUCCGGUAUCCUGAGUAUGAUGUGCCCCUUCAUGGCCCAUGUCCAUCCUCUGGCCCUGGCUGGUGUGAGGUUCUGCAUGGGUCUAGUCCAAGGGCCUGCCUUCCCCGCCCUGUACUUCGUCAUUGCCAAAUGGGCUCCGCCCGACGAGCUGGCUACUAUGGUUACAGUCGCUUAUUCGGGUAUGUCCGUCGGCAGCCUCAUAGCCCUAGGAGGAUCAGGCUACAUAGUCAGCGAGUUGGGUUGGCAGUGGGUGUUCUACGGCGGGGGGAUCCUGGCCAUUCUGUGGACGCCCCUCUGGCUGUUCUUCGUGACCAACGACCCCCAGCAGCACCCUUACAUCUCCAAAUACGAGCAGGACCUUCUGCUGAUCAACGAGUCCAUCCAACCUAAGCACUCCGUUCCAUGGCGGAAACUCAUUACGUGCUGGAGAUAUUACCCGAGUAUUUUAGGGGAAGUAGCGACGUCUUGGCUGGCGAACAUCACGACAACAGAAGGACCCACUUUCCUGACAGCUAAGUUUGGAAUGAACAUGAACCAAGUGAGCAGGGUUCUGACAAUGAUGCAAGUCGGGUCUUGGAUCGGAGCCUUCACCUUCGGCAGGAUUUCCGACUACCUGAACAAGUACCUGCUCUCUAAGCUCAAUACCAGAAGGGCCAUCCACUCUCAGGUAAGACCCGAGAAAAGUACAAUUCUCAUAACGAUGGGAACUCUUGGGAUCGUACUGAGCGGCUGCAAUUCGUUGGCUGUGUCAGCCAUGAUGGUGAUUCUGACGAUAGGAAGCUCUUGUUCACUGUCCACCUACACUCUGUCUCCUAUGGACAUCGCCCCUAACUAUGCAGGUACACUCUCUGGUCUUCUGGGAAUUGGAAACAUCAGCGGCUUUGUAGCGCCUGUUGUUACAAACGCAUUGAUUCUGCAGAGUGGCAGCUGGACCUCUUCCGUUCUCCUAGCAGGAGGAGUCUACCUCUGCUCUGGAAUCUUGUACGUCAUGUUAACGACCACUGAAAUCCAGGACUGGAACUAUUACGAAGAAAUCCCGAGCUCAGAUGUGGAAUCAGGUCGAUAAAGUAUAUACUCGGAAAGACUCAUCUCUUGAGUAACUCUAGUAGUAUUAUACGUGGUCUCUUUCACUACUGAGCUGCAAUGCAUAGAAACAUUGUUUAAUAGGAUAGAAAGGGCAGAGAUGAUCAUCAGCCUAGUUCAUCUGUCUGUGUUCAUCCCUUUUUUUCUUCAUGGACCUCCAACUUCAUCGAUUCAUUUUUGCACCUGAUGUUUUCAUAGUUCAUUUGCCUAUUCGCAUUCUGAAUUCGUCGAAUACAGUUAGCAGAAAUACAAAUAAUUCAUCAAAUCACCUUCAUAAGUAUUCAUUUAAGUCAAACUUUAUUCGAUUUUAUUUUUUAUACUCGAGAAAUUGCAGUCUCAUUUUUUUCAAUUUAAUUUUUCAAGAAUAUUCGAAGUAGUUGCAAUUAAAAAUACUCUUUAAAAUUAAUAUAUUAAAAAUAUCAGACAUAGUUCUUAACGGAAAAUAUUUUAGCAACCACUGAAAAAAUAAUAAUGAUCUAGUUUUUGACAGAUUCAGGAAAAUAUUUCAGUUCAUGAUUUUAUAACAAAUGUUGAGUAAUUAAUUUAACAGAGUCGAUAUUCUGCUAGAUCUGACAUACUAUACUGUACAAUCUCGUAAUGAAUUUAAGCCUUAUAUAUUUUUGUUACUUUUAUAAGCAUCAUUAUUAUUUUAAUCUAAUAAUAAUUCUUUGUAGCAAUUCUAACAGAAUCUCAUAACAGCACGCUGAACAUUCUCCAUAUUUUAUAAGUCUAUAGUGAAAGCUUUCCUUCAAUUACAUUUGAUAAAAAAAAUUAAAAUACUCAAAUUUAUCUUUCAUCACAUUGUUAUGCAGAAAUCAGCUAUUAUGAAAGUCCUAGUACAGCUGCCAAUCUUUCAUCUGCUUUCAUUAUAAUUGCUAUGGAAAACAAUAAAAAAAGAUAUAUGCUCUGACCUGUAACUACUUUCAUUGCAGCUAUUGCAAUGCAAUAGCAACAAUUAUGAAAAGUGGUAUAUGAGGUAUAUCAGCUGAAGCCAUCUUAUCUACUAUGUUACUGUAGACUUAGUUCUAUAUACGAGUUUUGUUACAAACAGUCCUGUGUUGUUUAUGAUGUUCAUUCAUUUAAGUCUGUGUUAUUAUAAGGUACUUUCAUCGUAUGUCAUUGUAUGUUUCGCCUUUCAUUUGUUUACUAUAGUAAGUUUUAUUAACUUCUUUUUCGAGAAUAAAUGGCAUAUAGGUGAAAAUAUCAG